UCCGGAGACCAUGGCUGCCGGGCGGAGCUGGUGGCAGAGCCUGUCCCCCAUCCAGAAAGUGGCCGUGGCUCUGGGGGUCCCGGCUGGCAUCACCGUCGGGUACAUCCUGUACCGGCGCUUCCGCGAGAGCCGAGAGGAGCGGCUGACGUUCGUCGGGGACGACGACAUGGAGGUGGAGGUGCGGGUUCCCCAGGAGGCACUGAAACUCAUCAUCGGACGCCAGGGAGCCAACAUCAAAAAGCUGCGGAAGGAGACGGGAGCCCGCAUCAACGUGGACGUGGAAGGGGCCGGGGAAGAGCGGGUGCUGCUCAUCAGUGGCUUCCCCGUCCAAGUGUGCAAGGCCGAGGCCGCCGUCCACAGACUCCUGCGGGAGCACGCCCAGGUGCACGAGCAGAUCUCCGUACCGCAGAGGUCCAUCGGCAAGAUCAUUGGCAGGGGGGGCGAGACCAUCCGCUCCAUCUGUAAGAGCUCGGGGGCCAGGAUCUCCUGCGACCGGGAGGCCGAGGGGGCACUGCUUCUCACCAGGUCCAUCAACCUGUCGGGCUCCCGGAAGGAAGUGGACACGGCCAAGAGCCUAAUCCGGGAGAAAGUCCAGGAGGACGAAGUGCUGCGGAACCACAUCGCCCACUCGGCCGAGCUGCGCGUCCAACGCAAGCAACCAGUCGGCGUGCGGCGGGAGGCGGCCGGAGAACCCGUCACCCCCAGGGACCCGGAAGGCCGGUGGAAGGCGGCCCCGCGAGGAGGAGGAGGAGGAGGAGGAGGGGGAGAUGAAGCCGCCCCCCUGCCCGAGGGACCCCCCGAGCCGGCCCCCCAAAACAAGAGCCCCAAGUUUGAAGUGCCCAGCCCCGACCUGAGCUUCCCGGCGGACGAGCUGCUGGAGGUGUACGUGUCGGCGUCGGAGAACCCCGGGCACUUCUGGAUCCAGAUCCUGGGCCCCCGCAGCCUGCGGCUGGACCAGCUGGUGGCCGACAUGACCCGCCACUACCGCGGCAGCUGCCAGCCCGACGCGGCCCAGCCGGUGCGCGUGGGCGACAUCGUGGCCGCCCAGCUGCCCGAGGACGGCCCCUGGUACCGGGCCCGCGUCCUCGGCCCCCUGGACAACGGCAAGAUGGACCUGUACUUCGUCGACUUCGGCGACAACGGCGAGAGCCCCGUGAAGGACCUGCGCCCUCUCAGGAGCGACUUCCUGAGCCUCCCGUUCCAGGCCAUCGAGUGCAGUCUGGCAGGUGUCGCUCCCGCAGGUGGGCAGUGGGAAGAAGCGGCCCUGGACGAGUUUGAGCGGCUGACGCACUGUGCCGACUGGAAGCCCCUGGUGGCCAGGAUCUCCAGCUAUGUCCAGGCCGGCACCACCACCUGGCCCACCGUCCACCUGUUCGACGCCAGCGAAGGACAGAACCUCGAUAUCGGGCUGGAGCUGGUCCGCCGGGGCCACGCCGUCGUGGUCCCUCGAGAACCGGAUGACCCCGAGCCGCUGGCCCCCGAAGUGGACGCCUCCCAGGAGAGCCCGGGGUCCGGGAGCUGGAAGACCCCCGCGGCCACGCCGCACUCCCUCUCCUGCCGCAGCCUAUCAGAAGCGGCCUCCCUGUCGGACGCUGACGUGGUGUGACGGGCGGGACGGACGGCUGCCCGCUUCCGGACCGACGGGGGUCCAGGGGUGCUGUUGGUGAAGAGGGUUG